UCACUCCUAACAAACCUACAAAAUCCACCAUACUCAUCUUCGUAAACCCCAAAUCUCAAAACCAUGUCGUCGGCUUAUUCUCCGUACGCUGCCGUUUCCGUCGCCGUCGCAAGCGUACCCUCCUCUGCCGCUUCGAACCGCUUCUUCUCCUUCCACUCUCAAAUCCAAUUCCACCAUCGCUUCCCUCCAAAACCCUUCAAACUCCUCCGCCAAAACCCUAAUUUGCUUCUCUUCCUCCCCAAACUCCGUCGCCACCACUUCUCCGCCGCCAUCUCUUCCGGAAAUGGUUGGGACGGUGAAGAAAUCUCAGCCUCCGAAGAGCCCAUUGAAGAAGAAGAAGAAGAAAUGGAGGAUGAAGACGAAGGGAAAUCACCGGAAACGCAAGCGAGUGGUGAAGAAGGGAGAUUGUACGUUGGGAAUUUGCCUUAUGCGAUGACUUCUUCGGAGCUCGCUCUAGUUUUUGGAGAAGCUGGCAAUGUCGUCGAUGUGCAGAUUGUGUAUGAUAAAGUUACUGACAGAAGCAGGGGCUUUGGCUUCGUGACCAUGGGAACCAGUGAAGAGGCUAACGAGGCCAUUCAGAUGUUCGAUGGCUCUCAAAUAGGAGGACGGACCGUGAAAGUGAACUUCCCGGAGGUUCCAAUGGGCGGAGAGAGGGAAGUGAUGAGAGUCCGGAUUAGGGAUAAUAACCGGGAUUAUGUCGACAGCCCUCACAAGAUCUAUGCAGGGAAUCUCGGUUGGGGCCUAACCUCACAGGGUCUGAAGAAUGCAUUUGCAAACCAACCUGGUUUACUUGGUGCCAAAGUCAUCUAUGACAGGAACUCGGGGAGAUCCCGAGGGUUUGGUUUCAUAUCUUUUGAGUCAACUGAUGCUGUUCAGUCUGCCCUAGAUGCCAUGAACGGUGUGGAGGUGGAAGGGCGACCACUGAGGCUGAGUUUUGCUGUGGAAAAAGCUCCCGGGUUUCGACCCAAUGUAGCGGUGAAUGAGAAUGAAGAAAGUUUAGAGAGCAACGAGCUGUUCUCGGGCGCCAAUACAUAAGCGAUACCCCCUUAUGUUAAGGGUAUCUAAACGUUCAGUAAUUGGCACAUAUGGUCAAAGAGACUUACAACAUCGAAGAACACUGUGACAAUGAUCAUCGUGCUGCAUUGAUCAAGUUGGAUUUAUGGAAAAAAAAAAGUGAAAACUUUGAGGAGUCAUUUACAUCAUUAUACUCUGCUCAGUUAUAUUAAAACUACUUGUAUAAUCGAGAAGAUAGUAGAAAGUAGAAGACGAGAUAUGCUUCUGUAAUCCUGACGAUUCAGAUGGUUGUACAAUAUCGUGAAUAUCAGUCGUCAGACUGGAUUUUAUGUUAACCUGUAAGAAGAGCAUUCUACUGCAUAA